GCAACCAGCCAUCGCCAUGAACGCUCUGACUGUUGCAACCAUUCUGUCUGCUGUGCUUGCCAUCGCCAUGGCUGGUGGGGUUGGCUACGGAGGCCUUGGAUAUGGAGGCCUUGGUUACGGAGGCCUUGGCUACGGUGGCUACGGAGGAUACGGUGGCAACGGCGGUGGCCUUGGAAUUGGCGGAGGCCUUGGACUUGGCGGAGUUGGCGUCGGUAGCAGCGUGGCUCUUAUUCGGGGUGCGCCUGGCCUAUACAAGGCGGUACCCGGUCCAGCAUUUCUGGUCAGAACCAUUCACCAAGUGAACAGGCUGUCCAGUGGUGGAGCACUAGUCGCACACUCUGGUCUCGGAGCCGGAGCAUAUGGCUCAUAUGUUCGUGGCUAUGGAGGUGGCUUGGAUGGCUACGGAAGUGUUUUGGGAUAUGGCGGUUACGGUGGAUAUGGCGGCUACAGUGGCUACGGUGGCUACGGUUACAAGGGUUAGUUGUAGCUGUUCUCAGUGUACUAGUAUCGAGAGUAUCGCAUAAGUUAUUGUAAAGUAAGGCAUGGCAACAAAAUGGUUACGCCGUGUCUGGAGAUGAGUCCGCCAAUCUGCAUGGGCAUGGUAAGCAAUGCCUAAAUUGAAUCACAGCUGUCACACAUCCAAAAUAUUUCCCUCAAUUAUUGUCAUUGCCACAGAAAGACAAAAAGCCCACGUUCUUCUGUAAUGCAGCUGCUCCGAAGAAAUCACAUCAAGAAUAAGUAUUCCGUGAGGCCAUUAGAAUGUGUUUUGAAAAUUUAAAAACUGUUGAAGAUAUUCUAAUUUGAAGAAGAGACUGUUUAGCAGCACUUUUGCCGUAACUGCACUGCAUUAUUGCUUCAUCAAGGUCAAUGAGUAUGAGUGUUGAUAAGGGUGUCCGCUAUGCAAGAUUCAUUGCUGAAACCAGUGAGAAUGAAAUGACACAUCGCUGAACAUGUGUACAAGUUUGCAUUUUUGAAUGCGAAUAAAUGCCAUAAUUUUACCCUGAGAA